AACUGGGGCUUGUUAGGGUGCUGUUCGGGGUUGGGGAGGAAAUGGACCACCAUACCCCAAGAAACGUCAUUUUAGAAGUUUGUUGUUACAUAUAAUUUGUUACAUAAAUGAUGCUACACUUAAAAUGGGGGUAAAGACAGCUGAACCUUGCACUAAAAUUGUAGAUUGCAAAUUAAAAGCUUUGUAAUAUCAAUAAAAUACAUUAUGUGGUGUAGUAAACCCUCCAGCUGUACUGACAGUGACCCCCGCCCAGGCUCCCACUUAGCUGUCCCACUUCACACUGGGAACACUGGGACCUCCAUGCAGGUCAGACGGGGUCCUGGCUCUUGCCCCGACACUCAACUGUUACAUGUCAGAUUGUUUUGUAACAGUUUUUCUAAGCUCGUCCAAUGAGAACAGCUGGCCGGUGUCACAUGACACAACUUUUACAUAACUGUUUUUUCCCCCCUCCCCUGCUCCAUUGAGGAUAAUACGAGUGCUUCCUGGGCUCCACUGUGACCGCACAGUGUAGUUAAUACUUCCCAGCACAGGGCACAGGCAUGAAUGGCUGUGGGGGUGUUGAGCAGAUAGGCACCUGAUGCCGAUGGGUUAGCCUUCAAACCUACUGGGCAUGGGAACAGAGAGUGAGAGUAUGCUGCAGCUUGCAGCGGAGGCUUUCCAGUCGAAAAACUUCGACCUGGCAGCGGACAUCUACGAGUGCCAGCUGACGGGUCUCGGAGAUCCAGGGAGCCGGCGGGAGUUGAUGGUUAAACGGGCUGAUGCGCUGGCCUUCGGGGGCAAGUUCACUGAAGCCCUCGAUGUGUACCGCCAAGCCUCGGAGAUAGAGAGACUGAAACCUGCUCACCUGGCCAACCUCGUAGAGUACCUUUUGGGUAGUAUCGGGAGGCAGGACGGGGGAGAGAGUCGGAGCAGUAGCCUGACGAGAGGAGGGGAGGCAGGGGCGGCGGCGGCAGCCGGGUGCCCCGGCAUUGGUGCUACAGGUUGCCUGUAUGAUGGCUUCUCCUGCCGGAUAUGUAUGAGCUUUCUGUUCGAGCCUGUGACUCUGCCGUGCGGACACUGCUUCUGUCAGAAGUGUCUAGAGAGAGAGAGGAAGGAAAAGGAGCGGUCGGUGAUGUGUAAAGACUGCAGGGACAGCUCCCCGUUGGCGGACGUCCAGAGUUACCGGGUGAAUGUGGUCCUCAGCAACCUGCUGGCCAAGUGGUUCCCGACCCUGCACCGGGCCGGCCGCCUGAGGCGGGAGGGCAACGGACUGUACGCGGAGAAAAAGAUGGAAGCUGCCCUGGAGAAAUACAACCAAGCCGUAGAGAUAGCACCCAUGGACCACAUACUGUUCAGUAAUCGCUCCCAAAUCCACUCCAGCCUGAAAUGCUAUGAAAAGGCCCUGAGAGACGCUGAGAUGGCCUGCAGACUCAUGCCUUACUGGUCAAAGGGUCAUGUUCGAAAGGCUCAGGCCCUGGUGUCGUUGGGCAGGACAGAGGAGGCUUUAAGAGAGUACCUGGUCUGUCUGUCCAUAGAGCCUGACUGUAGGCUGGCUAAGACUGAGGCUCGCAAGCUCCUCAGUGAGCUCCUGGCACCAGUCACAGAUCGGGUCCCUGAACACAUCUCGGACUGCUCCAGUAUACUGUCUUCCAGAGUACAUAUCAAAAAUAUCGGCGCUUGCUUCCAGACCCUUAGUCCGAGCUUGUUGUCUUCAGAGUCCAGUCUUGGCUCCACUCCUUGUGCACCCCAGAGGUCAGAGAGCAGUGAGGUCAAGAGGCCAGACCAAUGUUUUCUUCUUAAACGAAAACAAAGGAGCACAGAGGAGAAAGCGGAGGAGGGAGGACAGGAGAGGGGCGGCAAUCACAAAAGACCCAGAUCUGAGCCAUCAGAGGCAACUGAUUCACUGAGUUCAGUGGUUGGUGAUGUCCUGGACCCGACAGACCUGGAGUGUUCUCUUUGUAUGAGACUGUUCUAUGAGCCAGUGACGACGCCGUGUGGUCACACUUUCUGUCUUCAGUGUCUGGAGAGAUGUCUGGACCACAAUCCAAAGUGUCCACUCUGUAAAGAAGAGUUGUCUGAGUACCUGGUCCAGAGGCAAUACUAUAAGACAGUAUUAAUAGAGAACCUGAUAUCAAAGUAUCUUCCCUCUGAGCUCAUGGAAAGACAGAAGAUCCAUCAGGAGGAGAUGGCUGAGCUCUCCAAUCUUAACAAGAAUGUGCCUAUAUUUGUGUGCACCAUGGCCUUCCCCACUGUGCCGUGUCCACUCCAUAUCUUCGAGCCCUGCUACAGACUGAUGAUUCGCCGUUGCAUGGAGACGGGAACCAACUGCUUUGGCAUGUGUCUGGGAGACAACCUCAGAGGGUUUGCAAACUAUGGUUGCCUGUUGGAGAUCCGUGAUGUGAAGUUCUUCUCGGAUGGCCGCUCGGUGGUGGACACCAUCGGCAGACGGAGGUUUAAAGUCAUCCAGCACAGCGAGAGGGAUGGAUACAAUACAGCUGAUAUAGAGUACCUGGAAGAUGUUAAGGUGCAGGGCGAAGCAGAGCGUGAGCUUAAGUUGUUGCACGAUGCAGUGUAUGACCAGGCCCUGGUUUGGGUCAACUCCCUGAAGGCCGAGCAGAAGGAACGCAUUGAAGGACACUUUGGGCCCAUGCCUGAGAAGGACUCUGAACCUCAGGCCAGUCCUAAUGGCCCAUCUUGGUGUUGGUGGCUACUAGCUGUUCUUCCAUUAGAGGCCCGAGCCCAGCUACCCUUCCUGGCCCUCACCUCUCUGAAGAAUCGUCUCAGCAGUAUCCACAAGGUGCUGCUGUUUAUGGCCCAGAGCAGGCACCGGUGGCAUGCUCUCCUCAAACAUUAACUCACCAGGAAAAUGCAGUAACCAACUUCCCCAAACAUACCUGACCCCAGAGCAGCAGUUGACCUGUUGUUAUUCCUUUUGAUGCACAAAGAACUGACAUUGAUGGUAUUGCACUUUUUCUCCAGAAAGUAGCGCU